GGCGCGAGGAGGGAGCGAGCGAAAGAGGGCGGGCCGGGCACCGCAGAGGGAAAGGAAACGGGAUGUCGCUCGCCACCGCUGCCGCGUGUGCCGUGCCGCGAAGCGAGGCGCUGCUUCCGUCUCCGCCGGGGAAGGCGAUGCUGCGGGGGAGGCCGCCGAGCGGAGGGGCCGGAGGGCAAGCAGGGCCGGGGCUUGACUGCGCCCAAGAGAGGCGGGCCGCGGAGGAGGAGGAGGCAGCGGCGCCCAGAGAGAGCAAAGAGGGAGAGGAAGAGGAGAAGCUGGAGCGAGAGCACUUCCGGAGGAUUAUCAACGCUUUCCGUUACUACGGAACUAAUAUGCAUGAAAGAGUGAAUCGUGCAGAGAGACAGUUCAGAUCUCUUCCAGCGGUUCAGCAGAGAUUGCUCCCUCAUUUUCUGCCUCAUCUUGACAAGAUUCGGAAAUGUAUUGACCACAAUCAAGACAUCUUGCAGACAAUUGUGAACGACUGCACCAACAUGUUUGAAAAUAAAGAAUAUGGUGAUGAUGAUACUAAAAGAAUUAUACCAGCCUCAACAUUUGACAUGGAUAAAUUAAAGUCCACUUUGAAACAAUUUGUAAGAGAUUGGAGUGAAACCGGAAAGCCUGAGAGAGAUUCCUGCUAUCAGCCAAUCAUCAAUGAAAUUGUAAAGAACUUUCCAAAAGACAGAUGGGACCUCUCCAAAGUUAAUAUCCUGGUGCCUGGUGCUGGACUAGGUAGAUUGGCCUGGGAAAUAGCUAUGCUUGGUUAUACUUGUCAAGGAAAUGAAUGGAGCCUCUUUAUGCUCUUUUCUUCUAAUUUUGUUCUUAACAGAUGCUGUGAAACAAAUUCAUAUAAAUUAUAUCCCUGGAUCCAUCAGUUUAGCAAUAACAAGAGAUCUGUUGAUCAGAUACAGCCAGUUUAUUUCCCUGAUGUUGACCCUCACAGUCUUCCUCCUGGUGCAAAUUUUUCUAUGACGGCAGGCGAUUUUCAAGAAAUCUACUCUGAGUGUAAUGUAUGGGAUUGUGUAGCAACCUGCUUCUUCAUAGACACAGCACAUAAUGUCAUAGAUUACAUUGAUACAAUAUGGAAAAUACUCAAACCAGGAGGAAUAUGGAUAAAUUUAGGUCCUCUGCUCUAUCACUUUGAAAAUUUAGCAAAUGAAUUAUCGAUUGAGCUGAGUUAUGAAGACAUAAGAAAUGUAAUGUUACAAUAUGGAUUCCAUAUAGAGGUGGAGCAUGAAUCUGUCUUGACAACAUAUACUGUGAAUGAGCUGUCUAUGAUGAAAUACUACUAUGAAUGUGUCAUGUUUGUGGUUAGAAAACCUGAGAAUAGUAUAUGAAAUGGAUGCUGGGGAAGAUGCUGGCAUUUUUGUUGAUGACGUUAGCACAGAAUUGUCUCUAAAUGAUGACUGGAACCAACCUCAUAUCGGCAGUGCCUUCUUGUUCCUCACAAUAGCUCUGUCUGUUUUCUAAACGUUACCCGAGUCAGACUUCUAAAUAUUAGAACAAUGAGUGUGCAAUACAAGUAUCCCCACACAUGUUCAUUAAAUUCUGAUUGAUCAGGUUUUUUCCCUAAACAAGCAGAUAAUUUUGAUACCUCAUUUACAUACAUUUAUUGUAAUGUACAACAAAGUAUACUUCCACAUCUGAAAGAAUAUCUAAUAUCAUGGUGAACACUUAAUUGAAUUUUGCCCCACAUUUGAGAGAAAUGCAAAUUGAAAAAUCACCCUAACAUAUUUUGAUAUUUUUGGUGAUUUUUAAUCCUUUUAGGAAUUAGGAACAGCAGUUUAUGAUCUGAGCUAUCUACCUAUCAGAGACACCCAUAAGCCUUCACAAGGACCUUCCACAAGAAACUGGCAAUGGGCACUGAAAUGGGCCAAGAUAUGACACAUCCGAGAAUGAGAUCCUACAUUCCUGGCACCUCCUAUAGGGCUAAAGGCCAAGUCUAGAAGAUUUCCCAGUUCUCCUUCAUAGGCUUCACAGUGAACAGUAGGAGUGAGAACUGCCAAUUCUGCUAUGAGCAGUGCAACAUUGAAUUAUGGUGGUAGUCAUUACAAACUAUUAUCUGUCUGACUGUUAUAACAGUAAUGUUUGCAAAGUAAUGUUUUAAUAAUUAGAACUUUAUUAUUAUUCAAUAAUGAAUCUGAUCUGAAGUGCGCUUAACUCUAAUGGGACUGACCUAUUCUUUCGAGAAGUUAUUUACAGUUACUGUACAGCUGUUCUGUGGUAGUAGCAUUGGAAGUUCAUUUGAAUAAAUCUACUUUUCAGGGCAUGUGUUAACAAGCUGGAUGAUAACUACAUUGAAACAAAUACGUGUACUGCCAAUUCUAGCUACUGACAGUUCACUUCUGACCUUUAAGUAAAGGGAUGCUUAAUGCGGAUUUUGCUUUAUUCCCUCUGACUUCUUCUUUAUCACAUUCACUGUUCAAAGUUAUGUGCCAUAUUAAAAUAUAGGCAACAUUUCUUUAAAAUGCAUAAAAUGUACUACUGAAAUCAAUUUGUAAUUUCAAAUCUCAAAUGAGGAGUUUAAAAUGGGCCAUUCAGAUGAUAUAGAAUUGCAGGAGCUGGCAUUCCUUGCCAUUGGCCAUCUUGUCUAGAAUUGCGGGUCAUGCAGCCCAACAACAUAAAUUACAGUUAAAUUUAAAAGAUUGACAUAUAGAGGUUUUUGCUUGAAACCAUCAAAUAAUGGGGCGCAGCAAUUCAUUUGCUAGCAAAAUCAUAUUAAAGAGACAUUUAGAUUUUAAUUUUGAAGGAAGGCAUCUUCAAUCUAAAUGCAGUGCAUUUGUUUAGUGAGCAAAACUGUUGCACUAAUUGAUGCUGAUAAGAUUGCUUGGAAGGUUAGUAAAGUUUACCAAUUGUUACUUUAGUGUACAAAAUGAAAGCUUUGUAUGUUCUUUUCUUGGACUUUUUGCAAAAAAGAAAGUUCCCACAUAAAAACCCUUCAAGAAUCUGAUCUUAGAGGAAGUACAGUGUUCAGUAAUUCUCUUUAAGAUGCCCCACCGUUUUCCUGCAAAUACAAGUAAAAUUUCAGUCUUGUAUAGAUUCCUGUUUAAUGAACACUCCUUUUUGUAAACAGGAAUAGGAUCGUGCUGCUAUCCUUACUUGAGUUCAGUGGGACACUUUUUGUGGUACUUACGAUUGUAAUUUCCAUUUACAGGGCACCAGCACAAUGCCCUAGCAAGUAGAGGCUGUUGCUCUUCCUCAGUCUUCUAUAGAACUCUCUUCUCUCACUUAACGUUUUCCUGCAUCACUGUUGGCAUGGGAUCAAAACUCUAUUCCUCAAGGUGUGGAAAAACCUUGAGACUGAAAAUUGUGCUUGAUAUUAGUAUCAGUAUUAUGCAUAACAUAGCAUUAUUCAGCAUGUCAAGUUUUUUUAAAUUUGUAAAAAGAAAAAUUGUUUAAAAUUGCAGGUUUUCAGUUGUAUAUAAACAAAAAUAUAAUAAUUAUUUUUCAAAUCUCCCCUUUCAUUCAGAAUAUAUAGAUUAUUCCUCCAGUCUGUCUAGUAGUUGCAGAGGGAGGUCUGGGUAAUAAUUGAUUCAUAUUAGGGAUUAAAGAUUAUGUACUGUUGGUUGCUAGAAUUCAUGUUCUGUACGCCAUAGAUUGGCUUUCAGUCAUUGAUUGAACAGUUUCAUAUUUCCUGGUGUUUGUAAACAAAGGGAAAACGGCCUGUUUUCAUCAAUGAAGACGGGCAGUAUGGACCUUGUAAAUGUUAAAUGCUCUGUAGUGUAAGAUUUAAGUUGCAUACUCAGCCCAUUAAAUGAAUUGAGUAAAUAUAAAAA